AUCUAUUCUCAGUGCAGGAAGAGGAAGGCACAGCAUGUUGAAACGCAAAGCAGCAACGAUGAUCUUCCAUCUGAGUGACCUCUGAAGAGGAGCUACUGCAGGAAUAUUCCAGAUGACAGCCGCCCAUGCAGUGAUGCAUCCUGAGCCGGAUGGGGAGACCAGUGGCCAUGAUGGGGUGGGCCCCUGUGACAGCAAUGACAGCGAUGAGGAAAGCAGCCAGUGGGGGCCACUGACUACAUGGAGUGGGUUGUCCAUCAUAGAUAGAGUCGGCCUCAACAGUGGGAAGAUGUCCGAGACUGACUUGGAGAACACCUUCUCUCAGAUUGCCUUGGCUUUCAGCUGUGACCAAUACACCCUGAAGCAGAGGCUCCAGGCGGAGGAGCACGCCCGCAACCUGGCUGAGGAGAACAUCAAGGUGGAGUUGUCCCGAGGCCGAGAGACACUGGAGGCACUAAAGGGCUUAUGUCUGGACAGCAAGCGCAGUAAGAUCCUGCAAAGGCUGGAGAUGUGUAUGGACAUCCUUGCUGGAACCGUGGAACGCAUCUCCAACACGGCUGAGGUGCUCGGAGCAGUGCACAAGGAGGCUCAUGUGAGUCGAGCAGUGGAGCUCAUGGUGGCUCACGUGGAGAAUGUGAGGAGGCGGCUGGACAGACAUGAGGCGGAGCUGGAGGAAGCCAAGAAGAUGAUUUUACAGCAGAAUUCUUGCAGAAGCAUUGUUGAACCAGGAGCUCCUUUAGACUCAGACAACCGACAGACUGACAGCUGGAAGAAAUGCAUGCAGCAGAAUGGCAGUCGCCGCCGAGUCAGUAUGUCCUUCAUUCCAAGUGAUGUCCUGCCUCACCAGAAGAAGGGAAAGAGAGAGUCCAAGAAGCGGGCCUCUCGUGGAGAAGGUGACACAGGAAGUAAGUCCCGCUUGCCUCCCCCCCUGAGCUUGGAGUCCAACUGCAGUAGCCUAGAUAAAGAUGGAGGAACCCCAGCGGAUGACAGGCCGCAGGAUCCAGGUGAAAGGGUGUCUGCGGCUGGAGUUCCCUUCGACAUGGCCCCCAAUCCCUCAGCCACCCCCACCCCAGAAUGGCCCGUCCCAACCAAACCAGCUGCUGGUAAAAAGCUGCAACAGAGGUUGCGCAAUAAAUGGCCCCUGCACAGGAGCACACAGGACUCAACAAUACAGACACGCAAAAGCAAAGCUGCUUCAUCCAGGAAAAAGACUGAUAAACAGAAAAAAGGAACAAAUGUCUGCUGGGGGGUCUCUUCAGGCAGAGAUGGGCCACGAGGGUGGCCACGCCCUCUGUGUAGCCGGUUGCUCUCCUGCAUCUCCAUCUGUGUGCUUCUCUCCACCAUAAGCUGCAUCUGCAUCCUGUGGAUGCUUCAUGGGGGGGGCCCAAACCUUGACCUCCGCUUCUGGACCCGGUGACUUUAAGAAGGAAGCUGGAACUCCCCCUGUGAGUCUGCAAGGCUCUUUAUGUACACAAAUGGAACCUUGCCAUGUGGACGCUUUGGUGUGGAGUUGGCAUUUAAAGAAACACACACCACAAUGCAAUCCUUUAAUAGAAAAUCUAUAAAACAAUACAAUCACCUGCUUAGUGACACCAUCGCCAUCACCAUCACCAUCACCAUCACCACAUCACUCUUAAAGGCAUCAGGGAGAAGAAUACAUUCUUCAUUUCGACAUUCAACUUGUUAAAUCUUAACUACGUAUAUGAACCAAACCUCUAGUAGUCUUACGUAGAGCAGCAAAGCUUAAAUAGUAGAUAAAUAUAAAAAUGAUAUUAGGAGCGGAGAAGCAACUGGGGGUGACCCCUUUGUGCAAAGUGUGUGUCGGCCACAGGAGUUCUCCUUCUAACGACGUGACCCGUUCUUCUACGGCUUCACCUCGCAUCUACUAGAAAAGCAUGUCAAAUAAAUAACAUUGGCACGUCGCCUGACGUUACGUUCUAAAUUAUGCAAUAAAAAGGGUGCAUCAUCAUCAUCAUUCUGUCAUUCUCAUAGAGAGUCCAAUAACUGCAGCCUCUAAUACAGGAAGUAGUAGCAUAGGUGGGAAUAACACACCGUGGGGGCGGGGUCAGUCACAGUUACACCUGGCUCACAAUUUCUGCAUGUUCUGCAACAAACCACUGGAUGGGGGUCCCAUCUGCAGCUCUCUGGAGAACUAGAUUACCUGAACCCUACAAGAAGAUCAGAGAGAACAUGAUGUCCAAGAAUCCUUUAGUGACAUUUGAUAAACACUUCUAUUAUUAUUAUUAUUAUUAUUAUUAUUAUCAGUGACGUAUUUCCUCAGAGGAGUUCUUUAUUCGUUCUUUGAAUGAAUCGGCCACCUCCUCCAGCUCCUCCAGGAGGACACCGAGGUGUUCCCAGGCCAGCUGUGAGACAUACUCCCUCCAGCGUGUCCUAGGUCUUCCACAGGGCCUUCUCCAGGCUGGGCAUGCCCACAACACCUCACCAGCGAGGUGUCCGGGAGGCAUAGGCUCCUCUUGAUAAUACAGUGUUAUUCAAAAGAAUGAAUGGUUUCAUUAUGCAAUAUUGCAGUAAAGGGGACCUAUUAUGCGCCUUUUUGGGCCCUUUGUAUCAGUUUGUGUCAGUGUGAAAUGCCCUUGACAGAUUAAAAUAGAUUUCUUUUGCUUUUGCAACCACUUGAUGAUGGUGCCGUCUUUAGGAAUUGGAACAAAAGGCCCUUUAAGGCAUUGUUAGCAAGUAAACAGCGGAGCAGCCUUUGGAGGAGGGCAGAGAGCAUAUCUGUCUUACAGCCAUGCCCAUAUAAGGAAGUCUGCCCAUCUGUGUUGUCACAAAGAAACAGUUUUACCACACCUUCUGAAAGCGAGCGUUUUGAGCCAUCCCAAACUUCUUUCAGUGCUCACUUCCAAAUCCCUAAACCUCAUCAUCGGAACCUUUGGCAUGGUUUAACACCAGAAUACAACAUUCUAACUACAUUUAUAGGUUAGAAAGGUGGAAAAAGCAUCACAGGUCCCCUUUAAGGAAACGCAAUAGAAAACUCAAUCCAGGUAUUCUACUCAUAAUCAAGUUUUAUUUCCAUGUGGCCAACAUCUGCAGCUUGGCCAACAGCCAGAUGAUUGAUGAGGUUAUUCAUUGUCUAAGGUCAUGGAGGUUUGGGAGAUCUUUAACAUGUGCCCACAAGAAAAGAAUCCCACAUGAUGAGGUCUGGGGAUCCUAGACUGAGCAAAGAAGAGCAAAGAGCAAAGCUACUGGGCCCCCUUCCGACCACUGGUGGGGGAGGAACAGGAGGAAUUCACUGACUCCUUCCAUGACAAUGCUUGAAAACUGAAAGAAUUCAAUAACCCUGUAUAGUGUCAUGGGGUAAUAAUUCUAAUACAUACAAAACUACUAUAUGAUAAUAAAUAGAGACCAAGUAUUUAUCUAUUAUGAUAAUAAAUAG